AUGAGUUCAGCUUGCUCGUCUCGGGUAGAGUUCUUGGGGUCUGGUGACGAGUACGUUGGUAUCAGUCAAUCAGCAACCAACGACCUUAUUUCAGGACACCCGCACCGAUGCCGUGAUGUCAUAAUGCAGGCAGAGAGUCUAUCAGCCCAGGCAAGCACUCAACCCGACACUCCCUGGAGCACGCUGGCCCCCAGACCAGCCAUAGUAAGGGCUGCUGCCCCCCACCGCACACCCAUCUAUCUAACUGCAUUUGUCGUCGUCCCUUGUUAUCUACUCUACUCAAUGAUCUCGGCAUCCUUUUCUACAAAUCUACCGAUAAUUUCAUCUUCUCUAAACAUAGAUAUCUCUCAAGCGCAAUGGAUAAUCCACACCGAGCUGAUAGUCUGCUGCGGGUUCAGCGCCAUCGUCCCCAAGCUCUCGGAGCGCUUAGGGCUCAAUAGGGUAUUCUUGGCCGGUGCAUUUCUCUUCGCAGUGGUGACGUUCCUUAUGGGCUUUCUAGGCAACAGCUAUGCAUCCAUACUCGUUCUUCGCAUCAUAUCUUCUAUCGGCUUAGCUAUGAUGCUAUCUCUAGCAAACACGAUGGCAUACUUCAUGAGUCCCAGAAAAGAUCUAAGCGUAGUACUAACAAUAUCUAAUGUCUGCACACCAAUCGGCCAGAUUCUCUCUAGCUUUCUAUCUGGGUGGAUAGCAUAUUCGUCUAAGUGGCAAUAUAUAUACAUACUUAUAGGAUGCCUAUCCGCCGUUCACGCUGCCUAUUCAGUUGUGUUAUGCCCAAACUUUCCGACCACUCGAGGAGUGAAGUUCGAUGUUGUUGGAACUCUGCUUAUGGUAGCGUCCAUCACACUUCUGAUUUUUUCUCUUUCUGCCUCCACGGUGACUGUGCCAUGGUGGGGAGUGACCAUCUGCUUCAUUUUGGCUAUUGUGUUCUUUAUUCUGUUCGUCUUCUGGAACAAGCAGUGGUGCAAGAAUCCGCUCUUUCCACCAACAGCGUUCAACAAGUCCGUUCUACUCAACAUGUCUGCGUUGUGUAUGAUCUCUGCUUUUGGGUUUGGAGAGCGCUUCUUUCUCCCAUACACAAUAGUGAUAUUCUAUAACUAUUCCCGUCUAUCUAAUGGCGGCUUUCUGGUUAUUGGUGGCGUACUGAGCAUAAUAUUUUCGCCUCUCUUUAGUCUGAGUACGAAGCGGGUGGUCAGCCGACUGAUGCUAAUGAUGCUGAGCUUAAUAUCUUUGCUCCUAGUUCUCAUCGAGGCGUUCUUUUUGCAAGAAAGUGUCGCGCUUCCGAUAGUGUUCAGUAACCUGUGUCUUAUCUGCUUUAUCGGCUGCUUAAUCACUGUGCAGACCACUGCAGUGGUUAACACACCGGUCAUGUAUAUUUCGACUCUAGGGUCUCUAAAUUCUAUCAUGCUCAACUUUGGUCACUCACUGGGUGUGACCACGGCAGUCACGACGCAGAACGUUGUCGCAAAACUUGGCGGUGUUUCCAAUACCAACCUUCCCAAUUGGGAUGCAGAUCCCGGUGCCAGAACAGCCUACGGGCUCAGCUUGACAUUUGGCAUCCUCAGUUGUAUCUCCUUCUCUAUCACUCUAUUCUUGCUGGCUAUUUUCAUGGGCGUACUGAAGAGUGAUCGUGGCAAGUUGGGCUUCUCUGAAAGACGAUUAUCCAAAACAAAACAUUUCAGCGAGAACAUAAACAACAACGGGGAAAUGAUAGAAGUCCAAGAAUCCAGUAUAGCGUUUACAUCUCAACAGGUCAUAGCGUCAUUGUUUCAGCCCAAGUUCAUAUAG